AUGAAGGUCUCCUCGACCCCUCUAGCUUUUCUUCUCUUCCCUCUCGCAUCGAGUGCUUUCAAGCUCCCAUUCACCCUUGAGACGAUCAAGACGCGCUUUGAAUCUAUUGAGCUCCCACAAUUCAUCAAGAAAUAUGCAGACCCGAUCUCAACUUCUCCGCUGCUCUCCUUGCACAAAUCCCUUAUCGAUAUCCCAUCUAUCACUGGCAACGAGCGCGAGGUUGGACAAUGGCUCUCAAACUAUCUCAUCUCGAAGAAUUUCACAGUCGAAACACAAAGUGUGUCAGAAGAUGGCGAAAGGUUCAAUAUCUUCGCGUAUAUCGGUCAAAACCGUACAACCCACACCCUCGUAACCUCUCAUAUAGACACAGUCCCGCCUUAUAUACCCUACCGCGUCUCAUCGGGGAGCAUUUACGGCCGCGGCUCAAAUGAUGCAAAGUCAAGCGUUGCCGCACAAAUAAUCGCCGUCGAAGAGUUGAUUGCAUCAUCUACAAUCCACGAAGGCGACGUCUCCCUCCUAUUUGUGGUGGGUGAGGAGACCACUGGUGAUGGUAUGAAGGCAGCGAAUGAACUCGGCCCCGCGUGGAAAACGGUUAUUUUCGGCGAACCUACGGAAAAUAAGCUUGCUGUUGGGCACAAGGGGAUAAUCAUGUUUGAUAUCAUCGCCGAGGGUCGAGCAAGCCACUCAGGAUAUCCCGAGUUAGGGGUCAACGCAAAUAGCCAUCUCAUUCGGGCGCUAUAUAAUCUCGAAAACGCGAAGCUGCCGUCCUCUAAUCUCCUUGGAGAAUCGACUAUGAAUGUUGGAAAGAUUGAGGGGGGUGUUGCCGCUAAUGUGAUCUCUCCUCACGCUAUAGCAUCUGUACUUGUCAGAGUUGCUGGCGAUCUCGACGAAACUCUUGCCGUAAUUCAGAAGAGCGUUCAGAAUCUUCCUGUGGAGAUAAAACUUCUAGGCGUUACUUAUGGGCCACAGGUGCUUGAUUAUGAUGUUGAAGGUUUCCAAAGCAUCGUAUGCUCAUACGGCACUGAUGUCCCCAACCUUCACGGAGAACAUAAGAAAUACCUUUAUGGACCUGGUAGCAUCUUAACUGCACACUCUGACAACGAAUAUGUUCUUAAGUCUGACCUUUUUGAGGCUGUCGCUGGAUAUAAAAAGCUCAUUAAGGAGAGUUUGUGGCCCACGAAGCGGGUUCCAUCAAUCAUUGAGAAGACGGUUCUUGUCGAAGAGGAGGUAGUUAUACCAGUUGAAGCUGUCAGCAGCAGUGCUAGCAUCAAAGAGACGGAAGCUGCCAAGCCUGAGGGUGUAGAACCGAAGACUUCUGUUGACGGUGAAUUGUAG